ACAGGCACCAAAGCAGAUGAUGGAGGUUACAUUGUAGGUCAUGGAGGACCACAAAGGGAAUUGGCUAAAUUGUACAUUGUGGGCAUAUCAUAUUUAUCUGGUGAUUGAUGGUCUCAACGAAGUGAGACGAGAUUGAGAAGCACGCCAUACUUAAAAAAAACGCGCACCUACGCGUCCCUAUGACUCAAAUCUAUAUAAAGUCCUUUACCCAUCCAGUUUUCCUCCUCCAUUCAUUUCUAUUUCAGUCCCUUUAUAUAAAGUCCUUCACCCAUCCAGUACUCCUCCAUUCAUUUCCAUUUCAAUCCCUCCAACAUUAGAAUCCACAAAUCCUUACUUCCCUAGAACUAAAAAGAAGAAGAAAUAAUGGCUAUUCUGGUGUCUCGCACCGGAAGGACUCUGCAGAGGUACCACAAAGGCCACCGACUCGUCGUCGGAUGCAUACCUUACAGGUUGAGCCGGAAUGGCGGAUUGGAGGUGCUGAUGAUUAGCUCGCAGAAAGGUCAGGCGAUGAUGUUUCCCAAGGGAGGUUGGGAGCUCGAUGAGUCCAUCGAAGAAGCAGCUUCUCGCGAAUCGGUUGAAGAAGCCGGUGUUGUUGGGGUUGUUGAGCGCGAGUUGGGGAAAUGGAGAUUCAUGAGCAAGAGUCGCCCGAUCUACCGCGAAGGGUACAUGUUUCCAUUGCUUGUGACAGAACAACUUGAUCUCUGGCCUGAGAAAAAUCUCCGAAGGAGAGUGUGGAUGUGCGCGGCAGAUGCCAGAGAAGUUUGCCAGCAGAUUUGGAUGAAGGAGGCAUUGGACAUGUUAGUUGAGAGACUCAAAUUGGAAAGCAGCCUAACAAGUGGGGAUGAGGGGGGCCAAGAAGUCUUUCCAAAAGCUCUAUAGGGCUUUUUAGACCAGACAGAGUAGAAGCAAAGUUCACAAAUCACAAGUUUCUUUUUUUCUUUCUUUCUUUUUUCUCCUCAUCUUUUUCCUUGUGGAAGUAAUUAAAGUGGUGUAGAUAUGCCAGCACUUCUUACAUCCAUAGGAGGAGAAAUGUUGUUUCUCAAAGAAGGUAGAGGGGACUAGGCUAUGUACUGUAUUCAUGCUGACUAAUUUCCUUCAUUCAAAGAAUCAAAUGCUUUUUCAUCAUUUCGUGGUGGGUGUUAGGCUAUUAGCGGUGGAUCACGGCGUCCCGUUUUUUUCUUCAUUUUUAAAAGAGUAAAUUCCCAAAAUAGUCCUUUGUAAUAAGGGAUUUUCCCAUAU